AUGGUGUUGCCUGCACCGGGGCAGGGGACCUCCUUGUCUGUCUCUACAGACAAAACGGACUCAAAAAUUGUAAGAUACAGCAGUUCUGGUGACGUGCUGCAAGAACUCCAGUACGACUACCAGUACCAGCCUCUGUUUAAAAAAGCAGUUUACGCUGUGGAGAAUGGUAACGGCGACAUUUGUGUAGCUGACUGGGAUAAAAAAGCCGUCACAGUCGUUGACAAGUUCGGGAUAUUCAGGUUCUCCUAUACAGGAAACAAAUCAUCCAAGGAAGAUAUUAACGGAGGCUCCCUUACCACAGACAACAUGCAUCACAUCAUCAUCACGGACUUCCAGAACGACAAAAUCCACAUGCUGGACAGGGACGGUCGAUUCCUGAGGUACAUUAUUCCUGAUCAGGGGAUAGAGACUCCACGGGCCGUGCGUGUCGUAAGGGAGGGAGAGUUAAUGGUGGGGGAGUGUAUAACGGGAAUAAUCAAGAGAAUAAAGUACCUAGCCUAA